AUGGAGAUUGCAGGACGCUGCGGACGGAUCAAAUGCAUCUUCACCGACGAACCGGAAGGUCUCCGCCACAAGUUCACGACCAAGUGUGAUGGCGAAUGGGUGGAUGUUCGCGGAGCCCCGGGUCGACAAGAGUGGAUUGGCAGAGAUGCAGACGAGACGUCCUGCUGGGCUUGCAACACGCUACCUGUUGACACGGUGUCACGACGCAGAAAGGUGGGAGCUUUUGUGAAUCAUCACGAGGAGGGGCUUGGACAAGUGAUUGGCCCUGCAGAGAACCAGAUGAGGGUGAUGUAUCUGUAA